AUGCAGCAACAGCAGCAGCAGCAACAACAACAAAAUCCUUUGCAGCUUAGCGGCCAGCAGCAACUUUCAAUGCUGCCCCAGAACCGGCCAUCCGUUCGCAGGAAACCUGUCCGUAGAGUCCCAGUUUCUGGUGCUUCUUUAUCACCAUCACCAUCUGCUGGACUUUCGGACUCUACACGCAAUUCACUUUCGCUUUCUCCAUCAGUUUCUCCAUCACCGUCCCGUCGUAGGUCGACUUUUCUUUUAGAUCCAUCGGAUCUUCAACCGUUGGAACCAAUAUCAUCGCCAUAUACAAAUUCAUCCUCUGAGAAUCAGAAUAAGCAGCAGCAAUCCUUUGUUGAACAAAUACAACCAGCAGAUGAACAACAACCAGUAAAAUAUCAUGUAUCGUCUAUGAUUCUAGAUGACGAUGAUAAUAGCCAUACCAUUACCGCAAAACAGUCUUUGGCUAUAUCGGCGUCAAGACGCAGCAAAGCCAGCGUAAGCACAGUAAGAACAGCAAGUACCAUGAGCACUAUGAGUACGGUGAGCUCUGCCAGCACAGCUAUUUCAUCUGCAGGGGGCGGGUUUAACGGGUCUAGCGAUUACCUUGGCAGCUUUAAGAAUAGAAAGCCUCCAGUAAAGGCUUUGGCUGGCAGCAUUAGCAAUAGUACGAGCAACAGUAGAAAUAGCAGUCCAUCACCAGUUGUUCCAGUAAUAGAUUUUGAAUCCAAUAACAAGAAAGAAAAAAAUUCAAACCAAGUGCCUGUCAAUCAGCAAAUUAAAGAAUAUUCUAAAGACCUUGGAAACAACGACAAAGAAGAAAUUAAACAAAAAAUUCAAGUUGAAAUAGAACAUGAGACCCCCAGCAAAGCAGUUAAUCAAGUCAUAUUUUUUGAUAAUGUUUCUCAAGAGCAAGAACCACUGGUUGUGGGAAUCCCGGAAGAAACAGCCAAUCAAUCAAUUGAAACAGAUGCUGCCCAAGCUGCUUUCACUGAUCAGCAACAGCAGAAGUUGCUGCAACUUGAGCUUGAAGAACCACCAGAAAAAGCAUUUCAAAAAGAACCACCAGUCCUGUUGAAGGUCACAAAUCCAGAUUUCAGUUCGGACUUUGAACAAGACUUAAAGGAGACACUGCAUCAACCUCCAUCAAUAAUACCGUCAUUAAACCAACCAGGUUUAUCAGCCCUUCCUCGGCCCUCCUUCACCAGAUCCAUGCAUGCAGAUUCUCAAGACACAAUCACAUUGACAGCUCCAGUCUCGCCGGGACUCCAGCCCAAAUCAACAAGAUCGUCAUUUGGUGGAGGAGGCGACUCUGGGGAAUCCAAUUAUUAUAGCGAUGCUGGGGGGUUCAGUGAUAAUGAAGUGCCUUCUAAUUUACAACAGCCUACUCAACCAGAACCUUUUGCAAAACCACCACCACCGCCAGAACCUACGCUGUCAUUGCCAUCUCCAGAGGUUGGCGCGGCUCGAGAAACAUUGAUUGUCGCAGAAGCUUCCGAUGAUGUUAAAAAUGAAAAUGAAAAUAAUUCUGAGGUUGACGCUGAAACCGCUGAAGUCACAGCAGCAGGUCUUUCCGCUUUAGACAAAGGUUUCAAACCUUCUUCUAAGGCACAGCAGCUAGAUUCUCCACUAUUGACAGCAGCAACAACAGCAGCAGUGACAGCAGCAGCAGCAGCAGCAGCAGCAACAACAACAACAACAACAGAAACAAGCUUAUUAGAUUUAGGCUCAGACUCAACAGCAGCGCACACAAAACCUUCUUCACCGCCACCUUCUCAAGCACCACCACCACCUCCUCCCUUUAACCAACAACCUCAACAACUUCCACCACCACCACCUGAGUCCCGUCAGCCCGCCGACAAAACCCCCGACGACGAAGUUGACGAAGCUGAUGAAUCUCAUAAAACAAUCAACGAAGACACUGAAGAGACAACAGACAAUCAGGAUCUUGUCAUGAACUCAGCGCUUUACCACAGGAAAUCACCUUCAACUGGUUCCGCGUUCGACUUUGGUCUCGAGCCCGCCGGCCGUGUUCCUGUCGUCAUUGCUGCUCCAUCUUCUUCUUCUUCUACAACAGCUACACCGUCAUCUUCAUCCACUAACCCGAUUUCUUUGAAUUCUUCUGCAUCUCCUCCUUUUGAUGCUCAAAAUCUACACCCCUCCCAUACUCCAAGAGCCAUGACGGCGCCGGCUCAGCCGCAAACAAUAAUUAGUCCGUUCAAACAACAGCCGCUGCAACAGCCGCCACAACAAUAUCCCGGGUCUGCUCCGGUCCAGCAACAGCAACCGUCGAUGCACCCGGUGUUCAAUAAUCCAUUUGUUCUUCAACAGCAUUCAACAGCAAACUAUGCCUCUACAAAUACCCAGACAAUCAAUAACAAUAAUCCAUUUCUUAUGAAUCAGUUGUUGCACCCGGUCCAGCCUCAGACACCAGCACCGCCUCCGCCUCCGCCUCCACCUCCACCACCAGUACUACAACAACAACAACCGCAAACCCUCCAGCCCAGACCGGUUUACCCACCUCAGUUCCAACACUCCCCGGAAACACCGGGAUCAUCCCGUGUUGGCACCGGAGUUUUUGCACAACAACAACUACAACAACAACAACAACCUACAACUCCAGUUUCUGCGCUCACUCCACUGCAACCACCUGAAUCUCCAGUACCUCUAGCACCAUCUGCAAGCCCGGAACGUAAAGUAAAUCGCAGCAAUAGCAACCCACAUCCAGUAACGCCGUCUGCUCAAAUUUCAGCCGCAGUGGCAGCAACACCUCCAGGAACAAAAGUUCAAACUCUAGGCCAACAGCCUUCCUCGCUUGCCCCACAAACAAUCGACCAUAGCAGAUCCUCAAGUCUCCACUCAAAUAGAUCGGCACGCUCAGGCGGCACUCCCAAACUCAAGUCGUUCCCGUCAAACCUGUCUUCCUCUCAACAACAAUAUCCUCCACAACCAUCUCCAGGACUGAACCGCAAUAUUUCCACUUCAUCUACACCUUCUUUCUCUCAUAAGCAGCGGCUAUCGGCAGCUUCUGGAGCUACGGGCUCUAGUACGAGCGGACACGCUCCGCUCACAACAACAUCGUCGCAUAACAGACUCAACAGCACUUCUUCACGCGUGAGCCGUACGUCGUCUGCAGACUCUCUCAUGCCUUCGCACUCGAAAAAUUCGGGAUCCUUUUAUGUACGCGAACUUAAGCGCCGUGCUGCUACCUUAUGGUGCGACAUCCCGUCCUCGGUCUGGGGGUUGCCCAUUGGCAUUGCUGACCUGUCAGUUAACCCGGGCGGUCACUCGAGGUUCUCUGGGUACUCCUACGGAGGCUAUUCUAACGGAUAUGGCGGUCCCAUUGGCGACGGAGGAGAUUCCAAUGGCGGUGAGGGAUACGAUUAUGAUAAUGAGGGCUAUGACGACCACCACAAUAAACAUAACCUGCCAGCACGAGCUCUGGCGUAUUACCACCACCAUAUUCCAGGAGGCGGUAGCGGCAACUCCGGAGGAUUCAACGGAGGGUUUAAUGGCGGCUCCAAUGGUGGAGGUAGCGGAGGCGCUAGCAGCAGUGGGGGCAAUGGCAACGGGCUGGGGAAUGGCAUACCUGGGUUUGGUGGAAAUCAAAGCAACUCCUUGUCUUUGUCGUCCAACAUGUCGCUGACAACCACGACAAGCUUGACUGGAACAAAGAGCAGUCACUUGGCAGCUGCUGGAAAGACGCUCGUGGAUAUUCGCCACUCUCACCUGACGCCACGCCUACUUGCCAGCGAAAUCGAUGGCACCGGCGAUCAGUUCCCUUACCGUAACCAGUGGUCGGCCAACAACCAGACGACCACAGGGUCAAGUCCCAGCGGAGGUGGACCUAGUUCUACAUCGAGCCACAGCUAUAGUCACAGCGGUGGAAGCAUCAAUAGCAGUUUCUUUGGAGCUUCAUCCACACCAUCAAACGACUCAACUACUAUCCAUGAUGAACAGAGUCACAAAAAACUUGGCUCAGCUGGGUCUUUGUAUCCUACUGGCGGCAGUGGUCCCACUCGAGGGCCGUCUGGAGCUAGCACGGCAAGCGGGGCCAGCCGUGGACUUGUACGCGCACCUAGCACAGACUCUCUUAAGAGUGUACAAGAACCUGGCGGCAAUAUCAGGCUUUUUGUGAUGAAUCCAGAUGCUGCGUCGUCCUCUUCGUCAUCAGAAGAGUCGGAAGAGUCGAGCUCUGAGGGGUCGAGUGAUUCUUCGAGUGGUGAUGAUGACAAUGACGAUGACGAGAGUGAAUAG